AUGUACCCUUCGUAUAUAAAACAACAUGGCUUUGAUAGCGAACAGACUCGAUUUUCUGGAAAAUAUGGACUUUAUUUAUAUAGGGAUACAAAAUACGAUCGUAAUGAUCAGCCUACAGGAAUUCCAGCACUUUUUAUUCCCGGUAACGCUGGUAGUUACAAACAAGUUCGUUCGAUAGCUUCUGAGACGUCGGAACUGUACUAUGAUACAAUUUUAAAGGAAUUCGGCUCGCAGAACAGUGGUGUAAGACCAAUUGAUUUUUUUACAGUCGAUUUCAAUGAAGAAUUUUCUGCUCUUCAUGGACAUUCUUUACUUGAACAAGCGGAAUAUCUAAAUGAUGCUAUUAGAUAUAUUUUGUCUUUAUACCCAGCAGCUAGGAAAAAUCAACAAGCAGAUCCAUCAACACAACCACUUCCUGAUCCUACUGCCGUAAUUAUUAUUGGUCAUUCGAUGGGUGGUGUUGUUGCAAGAACGCUAUUUACGAUGCCAAAUUAUCAACCUGGGUCUAUUAAUACCAUUUUAACAAUGGCGACACCACAUAUAUUACCACCGGCUCCAUUUGAUUGGCAAAUUAGUAAAAUUUAUACUGACAUUAAUGAUUUCUGGAGAAAUGGUUAUUCUCAGAGUGUAACACUACAGAACUCACUCGCAGACGUUACUUUAAUCUCUAUAGCUGGUGGGAAUUUAGAUACAGUAGUUUGUUCUGACUCCGCCAAUAUAAACACACUUGUUCCUGCGUCUCAUGGUUUCACUGUUUUUACAACGUCUAUACCUAAUGUAUGGACUUCAAUGGAUCACCAAUGUAUCUUAUGGUGUAAUCAGUUAGUUAAGGUAGUUGCAAAGUCUUUGUUAGGGAUUGUUGACAUAAGACGUGCCGGCCAAACAGAACCAAGUCAAAAAAGGAUGACUGUGUUUCGUAAAAUUUUUUUGACCGGCCUUGAAGAUCCAGUAGACCUCGAUUUCAAUAUACCAAAGAGAGAUCCUUUUGGAAUCAUAAAUUUUGGAAAGGUUUCAUAUCAGUUUUUAGAUAUGGGGCAAAGACUUGUAAUAAAUGGUUCUGUUUCAGCGGCGAAAGCAUAUUUAAUGCCAAUACCACCGCCAGCACCGCAUUCUACCUUGAACACAUUCUCUUUUUUAACGGAUCAACCUCUUUUAAAAGGCUCUGGUUUAGACAUUCUUUUAUGUGAUGUGAUGACAAAAGAAAUCCCUGAACACAAUAAUAAAAUAGAUCUUUCUGUAAACGAUUUAACAUUACCAACUGCACCUAGGCUUUCAUGCUAUUCAGUAUCUAAUGAGGCGUCAUUAGUACCCGCUUCGAGAAGUGAUAUUAAAAGUAUUAUACAUGAUAAAUCUUUUAGCUUUUUGAAACUUAAAGUUAAAGAAUUAGGCGAUUAUCAAUAUAUUGCAGUCGUGUUUUCAAAAGAACUCGUAAAUGGUUUUUUAAUUGGCGAGUUUUUUGAUGAAAGAAUCACAUUAGCCGAUAUCAACACAUCAAUGAAAGACCUUUUAAUAGAUGGCAUUCAUAUUGACGCAUUUCCUGAACACAUGGCUUUAUUGUCAAUGUUACGAAUUCCAGUUAUCGACAGCAGUUUGUUAACUUAUAAGAUGUCUAUCCGUCGCACCGGAUGUGUUGAUCAACAAAUAUUCGCACCAUUCUUAAGACAAUCUAUAUCUACAAUGUACGAAUCAAAGUUUAUUGUUAAUGUUGAUGAUUCAGAUUUAAAUAUUCACGGGCAAGCUCCAUUUGUCACGCCGGUCAGUGCCCCUAAUUCUAGGAGGGGAUUAGAAUUACAGUUCUGGAUGGAUCCUACUUGUUCUGCACCAUUAUCGUUAGAUAUUGAAUUAGAUUUAUACGGUAGUUUGGGUAAAAUAGUUAUGAGGUUCCAAAUGGUUGCGGCAGCAUUUCCUUUCAUUAUUGUUGUAAUGACAUUGAGGGCUCAACUUAGAGAGUAUGAUCGUGGGGGACCAUUUGUGAGCUUUGGACAUGGAUUAGCACUUUUUAUUCGUCAAACAUUUCUUAAAUUUCUUGUUAUAGUUUCAAUGCUAUCAAUUUAUCAGUCCAUCACCAAAGCUUCGAAAACAUAUUCAUUAGUAGAUUUAUUUCCAAUGGAUUAUGCACCAGGAGACAUGCAAAAAGUCAUUAAGGCCAAAUCCUCAUUCAAUGUGAAUGACACGCUUCUAGGAAAUCAAGAUCCAUUUUUUUGGUUUCUUCCACCAAUGUUUUUUAUUAUGAGUGUUGGAAUAACAACUUUGUGUUGGUUUAUACUGAGUGGUAUUGUGAGAAUUUUGACGUUUGCUGUGGUUUUUAUUAAUCGCCGAGCAAAAUGUGUGAUACGCUUAGUAAACAGGCCUUCAGAAACUAAAGCGUCUAUACUGCUUCGUCGUGCAGUAACCACAAUAAUACUGUUUAUUUUGGUUGCAUCUUUUGUACCAUAUCAAUUUGCCUACAUAGUUGCCUUUUUUGUUCACUUUGUGUCAUGUGUGCGUUCCUUAGCUGUUGCUAGCUAUGGGCAUAAAUCUUUAAAUACACAAGAAAGCUGGGAUCGCUACCACUAUUUACAAUCAAUACUUGUUCUUUUGUUCAUGCUUUUGCCGCUUAAUUUACCUGUAUUGAUGGUUUGGAUACGAAAUAUGUCAGUUCAUUGGUUUGCACCAUUUUCAUGGGAUCACAGUAUAAUGGCAAUAGCCCCGGUUAUAUUUUAUGUUGAAAUUAUAACAAGUGGUAAAAUGUUACCAAGAUCCACCGGCAG